AUGGAUGAGUUGGCCCUUCAAGGUCUAGCCUCUCUGGCUAUGGCUGUUCAGUUUGUAGAGCAGCUGAAGCAGUCAAUAGAUGGAUGGAAAGUUUGUGCUCAGGGAUUCACAAGUGGAAACUAUCAUCAGAAUGAUCAUGUGAAAUUCUUCUGCCUGCAGAUUUGUGAGUUUUACACAAAAACCAGGUACCCACAAGCCUCUGCUGAAGAUAUCAGAAUUAUGCAAGCCUUUAUCAUGACUUCUUUAGAAAUGGAGUCCAAUCCAGCUUCACAGAGCAAGCCAUUCAUCAGGAAUAAACUGGCUCAGGUGAUAUCCCUAGCAUUUGUGAGUGACUUCCCGCUGCGCUGGCCGCGAUUCUUCUCUGACAUAAUGUCCACCUUGACCAGGGGACCCCUGGCUGUAGAUAUUUACCUCAGGGUGUUGAUGGGCAUCGACACAGAGGUUGUUGACCGAGACAUUGCUCACAGUCCAGAGGAAGCGCAGAGAAACAGUUUGAUAAAGGACGCAAUGAGAGAGCGCUGUGUCAAUGAUCUGGCAGACUCUUGGUAUCAGAUAAUGACUGCAUACGAGACCACACAACCUGACAUAGUCAUUAUAUGUUUGGAGAUAGUUGGACGUUAUGUUUCGUGGAUGGACAUAAGCUUCUUUGCAAAUGAACGAAUGGUGGCGCUGCUGCUAAAAUUUCUAAGGCUGGAAACUUUGAGGGAGGCCGCUUGUGACUGUGUCCAUGAGAUCAUCAGUAAAGGGAUGGAACCGGUGGCAAAAACAGCUCUCAUUGAGUCAUUUAUGAAUGUCUUAGACUCUGCUGGCAUUUUUAAAUGUGAGUCAAAAAUGUCAAAAUUAGAAGAAGGAAAAACAGUAGCUUUGCUGUCAAAAAAUGGUGCCAACAGAAGCUCGGAUACAACACUGGCGGCUUUAGAAGCCAAGAUUCCUUACAUGCUUCGUUUCCUUGGUGAUGAGGAUGAUGAUGUGUCCAUUGCUGUCAUUGACUUUGCCACAGAAUAUAUUGCUACAGUCAAAACUAUGCCUGCUAUGAGCGAAGUUCAGAAGAAACAUAUUGAGGGUCUUCUGUUCACCAUAAUAAAAAAGUUGAAAUAUGAUGAAUCUUAUAACUUUGAGAAAGAGGGUGAAGAGGAAGCGGAAUUUCAGGAGUACAGGAAACAGGCACGGGUGAUUUUCAAUAAUAUUGCUAGUCUGGAUGCUCAGAUGAUUCUGCUGCGUGUCCAUGAGCUGGUGUCUCAGACUUUGUCACGCUGGCAGUCCCUUGACUAUCGCGACGUGGAGGUGGCCAUUACACUGAUGUACAGUUUAGGAGAAGCCAUACCUGCAUCUCAUGGACAGCAUUUCAGUGGUAAUUUAGAAAAGGCUUCAGCUCUCCAGGACAUGAUGAGACUUUUGAUCACUAGUCAGGUUAGCAGGCAAGGGCACAUUUCAGUUCUGCAGCAGUUCUUUGAGACAGUUGUUCGCUAUGAUCGGUUUUUUGUGUGUGAACCACAGCAUAUCCCAGAAGUUUUGGAGGCUUUCCUUGAUGAGAGAGGCUUGAGAAAUACUUCACCCAAAGUCAGAAGUAGAGUUGCUUAUCUUUUUCUCAGAUUUGUUAAAAGUACCAAAACUCACCUGACGCCCUACCUGGAGGUUGUGCUGACCAAGAUGCAGGACCUGCUGACUAUCAACUCCCCAGACAAUGGGCUUACACAUUCCUUGUCAGACAGUGACCAGCUCUUCAUCUAUGAGACUGCAAGCACCUUGAUUGUCUCCAGCUCUAUAGAACCGGAGAAAAAGCAGAUUCUGAUGAAGCAGCUGUUGCUGCCAAUAGCCAGCAAGUUCAACAUCAUGUUGACAAAAUUACAAGAAGAGCAGGAUGAGAAAAGACAGCUGGCAUAUGCUGACUGUAUUCACAACGCCAUGUCUCUUGCCAG